GCCUUCGCCCUUCUCCCUCCUCUGCCUUCCUCGACAUCCCUUCUGGGCCAGAGCCUCCAGAGCUCACCUGGACGUGCCACCUCUAUCCCAAUCCCUGGGGCUCAAGCCCCCUUGGGGGACCCGCAUCCCAGCAUGUCUAUAGCUGUGGAGACCUUCGGUUUCUUCAUGUCAGCCCUGGGACUGCUGAUGUUGGGGGUGACCCUACCAAACAGCUACUGGAGAGUAUCUACCAUCCACGGAAACGUCAUCACCACCAACACCAUCUUUGAGAACCUCUGGUAUAGCUGUGCCACCGACUCCCUGGGAGUCUCCAACUGCUGGGAGUUCCCAUCCAUGCUGGCCCUCUCUGGGUAUAUCCAGGGCUGCCGCGCCCUCAUGAUCACUGCCAUCCUCCUGGGCUUCCUGGGCCUCUUUUUAGGCAUGGUGGGGCUCCGCUGCACCAACGUGGGGAACAUCGAUGUCGCCAGGAAGGCCAAGCUGCUGGCCAUCGCAGGGACCCUCCACAUACUUGCCGGGGCCUGUGGGAUGGUGGCUAUCUCCUGGUAUGCGGUCAACAUCACUACUGACUUCUUCAAUCCUCUGUAUCUUGGAACCAAGUAUGAGCUGGGUCCCGCCCUCUACUUGGGCUGGAGUGCUUCCCUGCUCUCUAUCCUGGGUGGCAUCUGUCUCUUCUCCACCUGCUGCUGCGCUGCCAAGGAAAACCCAGCCACCAGGGCUGGGCUUCCUUACAAGGCUUCCACAGUCGUGAUACCCCGAGCCACGUCAGAUGAAAGUGACGUCAGCUUUGGUAAAUAUGGCAAAAACGCCUAUGUGUAGGAGGAGCUCUGGCCUAGGUGGGACACCAUUUCUUGUCCCACUGUCCCCAGUGGAAAAGUGUCUCCAGGACCUGUGGACCAGUCACCAGUUAAUAACCUCAGGGCAGGCCAAAUUUCCAGGCAUCACCUAUGCCUGGAAGCCACCUCCCACUCUGGGCACACCUUAUCUGGCACUCCAGCCUCUCCCAGGAACAGAAGCUG